AUGCCACCGGUGUCCCCACGGGCAACGGUGCAAAGGAGCCAGGAGCCGGAAGUUGGGUCUGGGAACGCUGCUGCUGGCUGGGACAAAAGAAGGGAGCAGAACGGACACGGCGCCAACAACUGGCCCUCGCUGCCGCGAUCUGUUCCAGGUGGCACAACGGUGCUGGUGGAACUUACUCCGGACAUCCACAUCUGCGGCAUCUGCAAGCAGCAGUUCAACAACCUGGAUGCCUUUGUGGCUCAUAAGCAGAGCGGCUGCCCGCUGACCGGCUCGUCCGGGGCCGCCCCCAGCACGGUCCAGUUUGUGUCUGAAGAAACCGUGCCUGCCGCCCAGACUCAGGCCACCACCAGGACCAUCACCUCCGAGACCCAGACGAUCACAGUUUCAGCUCCAGAAUUUGUGUUUGAACAUGGCUAUCAAACUUAUCUGCCCACGGAAAGCAAUGAAAACCAGACAGCCACUGUCAUCUCUCUCCCUGCCAAGUCACGUGCCAAAAAGCCCACGGCCCCACCUGCUCAGAAAAGGCUUAACUGUUGCUAUCCAGGUUGCCAAUUCAAGACCGCCUACGGCAUGAAGGACAUGGAACGUCAUUUAAAAAUUCACACUGGAGACAAGCCCCACAAGUGUGAAGUCUGUGGCAAGUGCUUUAGCCGGAAGGAUAAGCUGAAGACCCACAUGCGCUGCCACACGGGCGUGAAGCCCUACAAGUGUAAGACGUGCGACUACGCUGCAGCCGACAGCAGCAGCCUCAACAAGCACCUGCGAAUACACUCGGACGAGCGGCCCUUCAAAUGCCAGAUCUGCCCCUACGCCAGCCGCAACUCCAGCCAGCUCACCGUGCACCUGCGGUCCCACACAGGGGACGCCCCCUUCCAGUGCUGGCUCUGUAGCGCCAAGUUCAAAAUCAGCUCGGACUUGAAAAGGCACAUGCGCGUGCACUCGGGGGAGAAGCCUUUCAAGUGCGAGUUCUGCAAUGUCCGCUGCACCAUGAAGGGCAACCUCAAGUCGCACAUCCGCAUCAAGCACAGCGGGAAUAACUUCAAGUGUCCGCAUUGCGACUUCCUGGGUGACAGCAAGGCCACCCUCCGCAAGCACAGCCGGGUGCACCAGUCGGAGCAUCCCGAGAAGUGCUCGGAGUGCAGCUACUCGUGCCCCAGCAAGGCGGCGCUGCGCGUCCACGAGCGCAUCCACUGCACCGACCGGCCCUUCAAGUGUCAAUACUGCAGCUUCGACAGCAAGCAGCCCAGCAACCUGAGCAAGCACGUGAAGAAAUUCCACGCGGACGUGGUCAAGACCGAGGCCUUGGAGAGGAAGGACUCGGGCCGGCAGAGCAGCCGGCAGGUGGCCAAGCUGGACGCCAAGAAGACUUUCCACUGCGACAUGUGCGAAGCGUCGUUCAUGCGCGAGGACUCGCUCCGCAGCCACAAGAGGCAGCACAGUGAGUACCACGAGAACAAGAACUCGGAAGUGACCGUCCUGCAGUUCCAGAUAGACCCCAGCAAGCAGCCGGCCGCGCCCCUCACCGUGGGCCACCUGCAGGUGCCCCUGCAGCCCAGCCAAGUGCCCCCGUUCAGCGAGGGGCGACUCAAAAUCAUCGUUGGUCAUCAAGUGCCGCAGGCCAACACCAUCAUCCAGGCCGCGGCCGCCGCGGUGAACAUCGUGCCCCCCGCCUUGGCGGCGCAGAACCCGGAGGAGCUCCCGGGGAACAGCCGGCUGCAGAUUUUGCGCCAGGUCAAUCUGAUCGCCCCCCCCCGGGCCUCGGGGUGUCCGAGCGAGGCGGGCGCCAUGACCCAGCCGGCUGUGCUGCUCACCGCUCACGACCAGGCCGACGGAGCCACUCUGCACCAGACUCUCAUCCCCGCGACCCCAGGCGGCCCCCAGGAAGGCUCCGGCAACCAGACUUUCAUCACCAGUUCGGGGAUUACAUGCACUGACUUUGAAGGCCUUAACGCUUUGAUUCAGGAGGGGACCACCGAAGUGACCGUGGUAAGCGACGGAGGUCAGAACAUCGCCGUGGCCACCACGGCCCCGCCUAUAUUCUCCUCCUCUUCCCAGCAAGAAUUACCCAAGCAGACUUACUCCAUCAUUCAGGGGGGAGCCCACCCAGCCUUGCUCUGUCCGGCGGACUCCAUACCAGAUUAG